AUGGUGUUUGACAUGAACAGAAAAAUUGAUUCCUUAGAUAAAAGAGUGGAAUAUCUAGAGGAAAGACAUAAACUGCUAGAAACAAUUGAAACAUUGGUGCAAGGUGAUUCUGAUGAUAACAAUGACAUAUUGAGAAAAAUAAAACACUUUCAGAGGAACGUUAAUGAGAUGGAAAUUAAAAUACAAAAUAUGGAACAGUUUAUUCAAGUUAUUCUCAAGAAGGAACGAAACAGUGGAGAGUUUAAGCAGACAUCAAUAGAAAACAAUGACGAUAAUGCUGCACUCAUGAAAGAUUCCUCGGCUGGUGUUGAAGAUGCACUUAGCGGGUCAAUGACUGAACAGGAAGUUGGACAAAAACACCGUCGAUCGGGCGAGACCCCCCAAAUUGCCUUUACCGUUUCCGUCUCAACCAAACAAAUCGAGAACCUUGGCAAACAUCAGACUAUCGUAUUUGACCAUGUGAUCACCAAUGUAGGGGGAAUGUACAAUCCCUUGACUGGUAUAUUCCAUGUUCCGUACUCGGGAACGUAUGUCUUUAGCUUGACAUUCAACCCCGGGAAGUUGAUGGUAUCAGAGACGUACCUAGAAAUUGUUCAAGACGGUGCACAAUUGGCAGAUGUCCUUGAUGAGAACAGUGCUCGAGAUUCUGCUGGCAACUAUAUAGGGUAUGGACUUAGAUAUAUGUCAACAACUAAAACAUGGGUGUUUAAUUUGCGUACUGGAUCAGACGUCUGGGUACGCACAACGAGUUACGACGCAACUGCAUUAGUACAUGGCAACCACCAUACCCUGCUAACAGGCUGGUUUCUUUUUGAAGAUCAGUAA